GUUACCGUCGGGACGGCUGAGCUGUGGCUUCGUGGCCGGUCACGGCCCUGGAGCUGUUUGCAGCUUAGGGGGAAGUGUGUCCCCGCGUAGUGCCUGAUUCACUUAGAGGAAAAAUAGCCAGAGGAUCGUGGUCCCAGGAGGGUGCCGGUAAUUGUGAAGUGCAGGCAGACAGCCCCGACUCUCUUGAUAGGUUCAGACAUAUGAACGCAGUCAGUUUUAUCACAGCAGCAUGCCUCAGAGUUUCUGGUGAGGAAACGUCGAGCAAAUUCUUUUAUGGAAGAAAGCAAGAAGGGAAAUUUAGAAAGAGAAUGCAUUGAAGAAUUAUGCAAUAAGGAAGAAGCCAGGGAAAUCUUCGAAAAUAAUCCUGAAACUGAGUAUUUUUAUCCCAAAUAUUUAAGCUGCCUUGCCUCCCAUCGAGCAGGGGUUUUCAGGGUUAUUGCAAGUACUCCAGAUUCUCCAGCUGACCUGAGGGCUUGUGUCAAUGAAAUUUCAAACCAAUGUAGCCCUCUACCAUGCCAUAGAGACGGAUAUAAGGAAUGCAUAGAUGGACAAGCCAAGUAUACAUGUGUCUGUAAACCGGGAUGGCAAGGAGAGAAAUGUGAAGAAGAUAUAAAUGAAUGUGAAAACAUAAAUGGAGGUUGUAGCCAACGCUGUUCUAAUUUACCUGGAAGCUACCGUUGUUUAUGUGAAGAUGGUUACUUCAUGCAUUCAAAUAAACAAGACUGCAAAGACAUGCGUCUGUUUUCCUGUUAUCCACAAAACGCACAAGAGAAUGUGAAAGAUAUAAACGAAUGUGUGCUACGUCCAAACAUCUGUGGGACAGCCAUCUGUAAGAAUACCCCGGGGAAAUAUGAAUGCAAAUGUGCGGAAGGCUACACAUACAAUUCGACUUCCAGGAACUGUGAAGAUAUUGAUGAAUGUGCUGAAAAUAUUUGUGCUCAACUUUGUGUAAACUCUCCAGGAACUUAUAGCUGCUAUUGUGAUGGCAAGAAAGGCUUCAAGCUUUCUAAGGACAUGAAGAAUUGUGAGCCUGUUCCAGUAUGUAUCCCACUGAACCUUGAAAAGAAUUAUGAACUGCUUUACCUGGCAGAACAAUUUAUAGGCAUUCCUGUUCUGUACUUAAAGUUUAAAUUGCCAAAUGUCACCAGAUUUUCAGCAGAAUUUGAUUUCCGGACAUACGAUGCAGAGGGAGUUAUAUUAUAUGCAGAAUCCCUUGACAACACGGCAUGGAUCUUACUUGCUCUUCGUGAUGGGAAGAUUGAAAUUCAAUUCAAGAAUGAAUUUGGAACAAAAGUCACCAGUGGAGGCAAAGCCAUUAAUGAUGGACUGUGGCAUAUAAUAUCAGUAGAAGAACUAGAACACAGCAUCAGUGUAAAAAUAGCUAAAGAAGCAGUGAUGAAUAUUAACAGCCCAGGAACUCUUUUUAAACAGUCAUAUGGUUUCUUGGAAACCAAGGUGUACAUUGCAGGAUUACCUCGCAAAGUGGGCAACACUCUUAUUAAACAGAUUAACCCUCGAUUAGAUGGGUGUAUUCGUGCUUGGAAUCUGAUGAAUCAAGGACAUUCUGGCGUAAAAGAAGUCAUUCAAGAAAAACAAAGCAAACACUGUUUAGUCACUGUGGAGAGAGGAUCCUUCUACCCUGGCACUGGAAUGGCAAAAUUUCAUAUAAACUAUGAUUAUCUUGACAGUGCUGAAGAUUGGCUAAUAAAUGUGACUAUGACUAUUCGCCCAUCCACAGACACUGGUGUUAUGUUUGCCUUGGUUUCUAAUGAAACAGUGCCUCUUGCUUUGUCCAUAGUGGACUCUAACUCUUCUGACUCACAGGAAAUCAUUGUGACCAUUGGAAAUAUCACUGUUGCGCGGCUGGAAUCGAAGAAGUUGUGUACGCCUAAAAAAGUGCUGGUAGGACUUCUAGUAACCAAACAACAACUUGAACUGUCAGUUGAUUCACACACUGACAGAAGCAAUUCAGAGCAACUGUCUGUCCUGCAUGAAGCAAUGAUGGCAAAUGUUGUUACCUACUUGGGUGGACUGCCAGAUGUUCCUCUGGGUGCUACGUUAGUAACUGCUUUUUAUAACGGCUGCAUGGAGGUGAAGGUCAACAACAGACAGCUGGAUCUGGAUGAAGCCAUUUUUAAACACAAUGACAUUAGAUCUCACUCGUGCCCACUGAUUAUGGAAGAACCAUUCAAUUCUUAAAUUAACUUUUUCCCUUCAGAUAAAAUUGGUGUAAUUAGUCUCAUGCCAUAAUGAAGCCUGUAUUAUUUUAAUUCAGGAUGUGCCAGGAAAAUAAUCAACAGCAUGUUUUUCCUCCCUCUCAUGUAGCAUGGGGAAAAAAAAAAUCCCCUCUCCUUUCAGCAUUAAGGAGACAUAAUCAAGAUCAAAAUUCUGUAAAAUGUUCUUUUGUUCAUGUCAGUGGUAAAUCUUAAACCCAGACUUAUCUUCCAUAUUCAUACCAUGUCCUCAAUAUAUUUAGUUGGGAGAGCAAGUUCAGGAAGUUCUGAUUGGAACCAGUUUCACAUCUUAUUUUUCAUAUAUCAGCACAAAGCUACAACUUGCAAGUUUUGGCAUCAUAUUUGAAUCUAAACAAAACCAUUCCCAUUAAACCUGUUGAGAUUUUUUUGUGUAUGUUUUGUGCUUUCAGUAAAGGAAAGAAACACCCUGAAAUUUUGAGCUAAACCUUUCUUUAGAUAUGUUUACAAAUUUUAGCAGUAUCGGGGAAGCAACUUAAAACAAGUGUUUUUGUAAAUAGCUCUUGUUAUACUGUACCAGCAUUAAUUAUUUCUAUCUUAGGAACGAAGCUUUAGACUUUUAACAGCAUUCUGGAUCAGGUCAUGUAGUUCACUUCCAAAGUGGAUUAAAAUACAGCCCAGGCAGCUUUAGAACACAGGAAAUCACAGGACAUCAAACUGGAAUUUUCACAACAAAUCUAGCACUCCAAGAUGAGCACCCUCAAACAGUCAGUCAUGCUCCCCUUAUUUAGCCAACUUUGCAUCCACAGAGCCUCCAGAGGAGAAAAUUAAUUUGAAAGCCCUGUUACAGUUGUGUUUCUCAUGUACAUGAAAGCCUCAAUUUUGCAGGCAGCUUCAGAAUAUAAAGCAUAUUCCUGCUCAGCCAAAUUUAGUGAAACAAGUGAUUAGAAAAGUAUUAUUUUCCUCAGAUGUGUUCAUUUCAAGCAUUUCUAAUAUUUCUUUAACAUCCUUCAAGCGAUCUUUCCACUUCCAACUUCAUUUGCACACAACCAGUAGCCUCCCUUUGCAGCUCACCUAGUGGUUUUGUUAACCCCUAAACAAAUAAAUAGCCAGAGAAUGGCCAUAAGCAAGGAGUAUAUGCUGCCAUCAAAUAGAGACACAUUUAUCUGCCAGAAUUCUUGACCUGAGGUUUGCUUUCUACGCUUGAGACAUUGAAGUGGAAGUGUAUGUACAGAAGGAUGGAUUGUGACAAUAUUCAUUUUGAGGAUUACUUUUCCACAGAGGUAUUCUCCGUACAAUAGUCGCGUUUCUGUCAUUGUUGCAUACUAACAUUAGUAAAUUAGUACGGCAGAAUCUGAGUCCAUCUUUCAAUGCUAUUGCUUUGUCUGAGGUUUUUGUUAACUUCGCUUCCCACUUGUGCCCUUUAAUAUAACACGGUGUUUGCUGUGACUUUCAUGCCAGCCAGCCCCAGUACACUUUUAAGUUUGUCCAGCACUGGUUCAUACAUAGCUUUUAUUGACAAGAAUUGCACACAGCCAACACCCAGUGGCUAAAUGCCAGUGAACUACUGGUUCACUUCUCUAAAAUAGCAUGCAGAAAAUUUUGAUCCAUCUAGACUCUGUGGAGGGGAAAUAACUGCUGGAAAGCAUCCCUUCCUGCUCUCUUCUGCCCAUCCCCUGGAACACAUACUGUAUUUGAGCCUAGGUCAAACAACCACCCUACCAAAAUAAGCAGGUUUCAAGUGCGAGGCUGAGCUGAACUGGGGCUUUUGACAUCAAAUAUACUUUUGAUUACUGCAUUUACUGUAUCUCAGCAGCAGAAGCCUAAUUCUGGAAUGCUCUUGGUCAGCCCCUUUGCCUUGCACAACGAACAUAGAAACAAUGAGAUGGGGAACACACAGUAAAGUGUCAGCAAUACUAUAAAUGCAUAUGUCAGAAUGCACGAACAGCAGAAAAAAAAGGGGUUGGAUUUUUUUAGUGGGUUUUUCUUUUUUUUUUUUUUUUUUGCUUAAGUAUAGUAAAUAGUAUAGAGAAGAAAUUAAAGAAAACAAAUUAGCCUAGUUUCCUGCUGGGACACCAUUUUGUUUUCAUGUAAAAAUAUUUUAGGAUAUUGUAGUUUUAAUGAAAACUCCACACUGGGUUUUUGAAUGUAAAUGUGCCUCCUUAUUGUAAGAAAUAAAAGCAGUAUUUGCAAGUUUCUUA